UCUUCCUCAUCCACCACCACCACCACCACCACCACCACCACCCAAACGCGGGAGAACAGAGAUGAUAAUCCAACUCCACCACCACCCCUCUUCCCUGCAGCCAAUACUACUCCACUUCCCAAAACCCAUCAGGACCGACCACCUCCACUGCCCGCCCUCCGCCGCCGCCUCCUCCUCCGCCUCUUCCACCUCGGACUCCGGCCUUCUCUUCCGCGAGAAGCUCCUCUACCUGCAGAGCCUCAACGUCGACCCCCAAAAGGCCCUCCGCCAGAACCCCGACUUCCGCUCCUCCCCUCUCUCCUCCCUCCGCUCCGUCGAGUCCUGCCUCGCCUCCUUCGGCAUCCCCCGCCCCUCCCUCGGCCGCAUACUCGACAUGUUCCCCCAACUCCUCACUUCCGACCCCGACUCCGACCUCUACCCUGUCUUCGACUUCCUCCUCCACGAGGCCCACAUCCCCUUCCCCGACCUCCAGAAGUCCAUCCUCCGCUGCCCCCGCAUCUUGGCUUGCAGCGUCGAUGCCCAGCUCCGCCCCACCCUCUCCUUCCUCCGGAGCUUCGGCUUCGUGGGCCGUCACGCCAUCACCUCCCAGACCAGCCUCUUGCUCGUCUCCAACGUGGAGCACACCCUCUUGCCCAAGAUCGAAUUCUUGCAGAGCCUCGGCUUCGAGUACAGGGAGGUCUCGAGGAUGGCGAUCAGGUCGCCGGGGCUGCUGACCAUGAGCGUCCAGAACAACUUGAGGCCCAAGGCCGAGUAUUUCUUGCGGGACAUGAGGGGGAACUUGGCCGAGCUGAAGCGCUUUCCGCAGUAUUUUUCCUUCAGCCUGGAGCGGAAGAUCCGGCCGCGGCAUCAGAUGUUGGAGGAGCACGGGCUUGAGAUACCCUUGGCCGAGAUGCUCACAGUCAGCGACGGCGAAUUCACCGCGCGGCUGAUUGAGAUGCGGUUGCGGAGAGUCGAUGCCCGGGGUUAGUUAGUUCCUCUCCCUCCCUGUGAAUGUGUGCAUGGUAUGGGAAUAUUUCCCUGGUAAUAGAUAGCCCAGUUCUGCAAUGUUGCAGAUUUUGUGCUUACAUGGGAAUUGUACAGCUGAUACUUAGAUGAUGAGUUCCAUUUCUGCGGUUUCUGAAGCUUUCUGUGGCAUACAACAGAGUACAGAGCGUGACAUAGCGUCUUUCUUGAUUGAUUGUUGAGAGCUAAUCUA